AUGAGAGGGAAGUGGGAAAUGAAAAGAGAUGAAAUGGGACAUCGAUGCUGUGGAAAACACAAAGUGAAUAGAGGGCUUUGGUCUCCUGAGGAAGACGAGAAGCUUCUUCGUUAUAUCACUACUCAUGGUCAUCCAAGUUGGAGUUCCGUACCCAAGCUUGCCGGGUUGGAGAGGUGUGGGAAGAGUUGCAGGUUAAGGUGGAUAAACUACUUGAGGCCUGAUUUAAAGAGAGGUUCGUUUACCGCGGAGGAAGAGCAGACUAUCAUCGAUGUUCAUCGUAUUCUUGGUAACAAAUGGGCUCAAAUUGCUAAACACUUACCUGGACGCACUGACAAUGAAGUCAAAAACUUUUGGAACUCAUGCAUCAAGAAGAAGCUUCUUUCUCAAGGCUUAGACCCUUCCACUCAUAAUCUCAUGCCUUCACACAAAAGAUCUGCUACUUCUUCCAAUAAUAAUAUUCCCAAGCCAAGCAAGAUGAAGUCCAUCAUGACAAACCCUACUUUUGAUCUAUCAACCACUGCUUUCUCAAUCACAAACCUUAAUCCUCACACUUCAACUAAACCAAACAAAGUUAAAUCUCCUAUCCGAACUCCAUUACCCUCUCAGACCAUAAUCCCUAUCAACAAUACCAUGUCAAGUCUUUUAGAUUAUGAGAAUAUGAUUCCUAGCUGGUCAGAUGUUGAUGGAGUGGCGCCAAUCCACGAAGAAGCUCCGAUGUUUUCAAGUGAAAAGGCAGUAGUAGGAGUUGAUGACGAUUACUUCAACAUGGAUAUUUUGUUUAAUACGCCUUCUACUACUACUUUUGAUCAUGAUUUUGCUUCCAUUUUUUCUUCUGCAAUGUCUAUCGAUUUCAAUCCUAUGGAUGAUCUUGGCUGGACCUUUUAGUUUUACUCUGUCUCUUUCUAUAC